CACUACAUUAAAAAAGUAAUCUGUCAAAAUGAUAUCAGCCGUAAUCUGUAUGAGUUCGUUUUCCGAUUUUCUAUAACGUUUUCCGAUCGUUGAUAAUUAAUUUAUUGAACGUUGUUUUUAUUUUUUUACAACAUUUUUAUUAUAAUUUGAUAGCGCUCAUUUCUAUUUCUUAGCAAUGAAGUGACACAGUGUUCGAGAUCUUAUUUCGCCACCAUCGAACAAAACAAGAUAGUUUCAUGGGUUAAGCAGUAAACCUACUUGUCCAAGAUGAGUAAAAUGUCUAAAAAUAAGUUGAACCUGACCCUGCCACCAGGGUCAAUUGAUCAGGCUCCAGCCAUAACACCAUCCAACAUGACACCACAGCUGAAGUCUGCCACUGCUACCGAGCGGCAGGGCUUAGCUGGGAAGUCCAAGACCAGUAUUGAGGCUUUGACAGAGAGGCUGGAGCAAAUAGAAAUGGAUGACACUCAGAGGCGCAGGAUAGAAGUGUUCCUCUGUCAGAAGGAGAAGAUCGGAGAACUCAGCGAUGAUGAUUUUGAGAAACUGGGGGAGUUGGGUCAAGGCAACGGAGGCGUCGUAAUGAAAGUCCGCCACAAGUCCACUGGGCUCAUAAUGGCUCGAAAGCUUAUCCACCUGGAAGUAAAGCCGGCCAUAAAGAAACAGAUUAUAAGGGAGUUGAAAGUACUGCACGAGUGUAACUUCGCCCACAUCGUCGGUUUCUAUGGAGCGUUCUACAGCGACGGGGAGAUUUCCAUCUGUAUGGAGUACAUGGAUGGUGGAUCGCUUGAUUUGAUCCUUAAGAAGGCUGGCAGGAUUCCUGAAUCCAUAUUAGGAACAAUAACAUCAGCUGUCUUAAAAGGAUUGAGCUAUUUGCGCGACAAGCACGCGAUCAUGCAUCGCGACGUCAAACCGUCCAAUAUUCUCGUGAACAGCAACGGCGAGAUCAAGAUCUGCGAUUUCGGUGUAUCGGGACAGCUGAUUGAUUCCAUGGCUAACUCCUUUGUGGGAACUAGGAGUUAUAUGUCUCCGGAGCGACUCCAAGGGACCCAUUACUCUGUGCAAUCAGAUAUAUGGUCCCUAGGUCUCUCGCUCGUGGAGAUGGCGAUAGGCAUGUAUCCAAUCCCGCCGCCUGACGCGAAGACCUUGGCGGCGAUAUUCGGAGGACAGAAUGAGGAUCAUUCUCCUGGGCAGGCGCCAAACUCCCCGCGUCCGAUGGCGAUAUUCGAGCUCCUCGACUACAUCGUGAACGAGCCGCCCCCGAAGCUGCCGGCCGGGAUCUUCUCCGAUGAGUUCAAGGACUUCGUGGACCGCUGCCUCAAGAAGAACCCAGACGAACGGGCUGACUUGAAGACGCUGAUGAACCACGAAUGGAUCCGCAAGGCUGACGCGGAGAAGGUUGACAUCGCGGGCUGGGUGUGCAAGACGAUGGACCUCAUGCCCUCCACGCCUAACUCUAACGUGUCUCCUUUUUCUUCAUAAGCUGCAAGAAGUGCAUACUUUCAUCAGCGAAAAAGGGUCAAAACAUUUCCCAAGAGAAAGCGGGCGAAACAAUCGCUGAAGACGCUGGCGCUGAAGAAUAGCUGCCCUGAGACCACGCGAUGACAGAAAACAGUGUGUCAACUCUAGAUACCAUUGUCCAGUACCAGAACGAGCCAACAGGCAGGCAACACUCCACACCAGAGACGUGAAACAUCCUUGAAAACAUACCCUCAUUUUACUUAUAAACUAUUACAAUUAUACUUCCAUUUCUUCACGUAACACAGAGCAGCAAACGAAUGGAACAAUUAGUCAUAUUAUUCCAACUUAGUUGUAUGGAUUAAUAAGACUAUUGAUCGCUCAAUGAUCAUUCCAUUUGCUCACUGCUCCGUAACAUUGACACAUCGUAGCUUGUCGGUGGUUGAUACAAGUUCUGGAGGUUAAUACAUCUAGUGUUUUAGAUAAAGUAGAUCAGUUUUAUUCUACAUAUCAGGGUCGUCACGUCUCAUAUCAAAACGUUUCAUUAACACAUUUAGUAAACUCUUCGGGAGACAUCCUGUCAUCGAAUCGAAAUUCAAAAUUAAAAAUUUAAUUUAUAGAAUUGGCUAAAAUUUAAGGUAAUAAAAUCUGUAGGGAAUUAUUGAAAACAAUGUGUUACGCUACAUGUGAAAUGUAUUUAAGCUGCUUGAGUAGUCGACGACACAGUCAACCUUCGAUCGGAAAACCUGAAAUAUCGAUAAACUAAAACUCGAUUAAAUAAUAUCGAAUAAAUAAUCGAGUAGAGGUGUAACUGUUUCGGCGGCUACACAUCGAUUGUGAUUGACUUUCCUUUUCAUAUACAGGCUAUAUGAUUACGAGAAAGUUAACUGAUAGAAGGUAAAAGUGUGUACUGUAACCAAUAGCACGGUGUCUGAUGGAUGAUAGAUAGGGGUAUAAUACUAAAACAUAGUGCAUUCGUGGACGAACUAAUCGAGGUUUUAUAACAAAAAACGACAACUAAUCGAUGAAUGGUCAAGUAGAGUUGAUUUAACUAGUCGCAAGUCGAAAAAAUGUUAGUAGUGUUUUGACAUAUUUUUCUUUGCUGAAAGUGCGUAAUUCAUGUCAGCUGGUACCUGUUAUUUGAAUAGAUUUCGGAUGUGUCUUACUCGAGGCAUCCGGAGCGUUGGAAUACUCAAACGGCCGCGGCCAGCGCGGGCGUGGGACUGUUCCAAAACUCGCACGUAUCAUCUUAUAAUCUGUAAAAUAGAAUGCAUUUUUUAGAGAUUACACGAAAGAUAAGAAAAAAAAACGAAAAAAUAAAAAAUUGUAGGUAUGUUUUUUCUAUUAUUGACGUGAUGCACUUUUUCCGUUUGGUUUGUUGUGUUAUUUGCUUCGUUUUAGUAUGUCCGCCAUUUAUUUACCCGCCCUAUCCCGAGCACCUAGUGUAGAUACACGCAAAGCUAUUCACUAAUGUUAUGUGUUUGCGCUGUUGAAUGUAUGAAUGAAUGACUCAUAUCAUUCGCGAAUGGCUCAUAUCAUUCAUUUGAUAUUUGACAGGUGUAUUAUCUGCUUCACAUAUUUUGACACGAAUACGUUGUAAUUAGGCUAUAGUUAUUGAAUUUUUGAAGGGUCGAGAUCACACGAGCCCAUUGCACUAUUAAACACUGUUUUGUUAUUACCCUGCGUUUGUAUACAUCCUUCGCUUGCCCGAUAUUAUUUGCCUGGUCUUCCCGUAGCAUAGCGUUAUGUGAUUUUAAAAUAUGUAUUGUGUGUUUCAGGGUUUGCGAAGUGUUUUGCCUUUUAUUGUACCCAGCAUUUAUUAUAUUAUUUAUCGUUAAUUAGAUAAUUUGACGGUGCUUUAUUUUAUCACUGACGUAAGUGAUUAUGAUCAUACUUAAAAAAAAAGUAAAAAAAAAGUUUUUGUAUAAAUGGUCUACUCGUGAUUAUUAGGUAGGUUCUAUAUUAUUAUUAUUAUUUUCUAAAAAUGUUUGUAAUCAUUUGUCUGUAGUUGUCGUGCUAGGUUAAGUUAUCGUGUAUAGUGUAUUGAGAAUUAUGUUACCUACGAACUUCGAUGUGAA